AUGGGAGCGCGCGCCUGGGGAAGGCGGGAGAAUGCGAACCCCUGGCAGCGCCGCCGGCCGCGCCUUAUAAGGGCAGGGCCUCGCGCAUGCGCGCCGCGGGCAGGGGCGGGGGCGCCGAGCGGGGGUUUUGCUCCGGCGGCGGCACCGCGGGAAGGGGCGCGCGACCCGCGGGACUCCGCGGAGGGGCGGCCGCACCCGCCCGGCCCGGCUCGGCUCGGCCCGCCCGGCCCGGCCCGGCGAGCGCUCACCGCCCCCCGGGCGCGGCCGCCCGAGAGCAACGGGGCGGCGGCAGGAGGAGGAGAAGGAGAAGGGAGAGGGGCCGCCGCAAGGACCCCGCUCCCGGUGCGGGCGGCGCGGCGGCGGCGGCGGAUGUGCUGCUGGCGUGGGGGGAUGAUGCUGGCGGGGCCACAGCUGGUGGCGGGGCCGGCGGCCCCGGGCGGGGAGCGGGCCCGGCUGCUCUCGCUCUACGUGCAGGACUAUCUGGAGUGCGUGGAGUCGCUGCCGCUGGACAUCCAGCGCAACGCCUCGCUGCUGCGGGAGAUGGACACGCAGUGCCAAGAAGCGUUAAAAGAAAUAGAUGAUGUCUAUGAAAAAUACAAGUCAGAAAAUGAUCCUGUUCAGAAGAAACGCUUGCAGCAGCAUCUUCAGCGUGCACUAAUCAACAGUCAAGAACUUGGAGAUGAAAAAAUUCAAAUAGUUACUCAGAUGCUAGAACUGGUAGAGAAUAGAGCCCGUCAAAUGGAAACACACUCUCAGUGUUUUCAAGAUCUGUCUGAGAAUGAGAAGCCUCUAGAAAAGGCCAAGAUGGAGUCCUGCCAGCCAGAGAGAUCCUCCCGGAGACCUCGUCGCCAGCGAACCAGCGAAAGCCGCGACCUGUGCCACAUAGCAAAUGGCAUUGAUGACUGCGAUGAUCAGCCACCUAAAGAGAAAAGAUCAAAAUCUUCCAAGAAGAAAAAACGCUCCAAAGCCAAACAGGAGAGAGAGGUUUCACCUGUAGAAUUUGCAAUUGAUCCCAAUGAACCAACUUACUGCUUAUGCAACCAAGUGUCUUAUGGCGAAAUGAUAGGAUGUGACAAUGAACAGUGCCCUAUUGAGUGGUUCCACUUUUCCUGUGUAGGACUCACGUACAAACCAAAGGGGAAAUGGUAUUGCCCCAAGUGCAGAGGAGACAAUGAGAAAACAAUGGACAAAUGUACUGACAAAUCAAAAAAGGAUAGGAGAUCGAGGUAGUGAAAACAAUUUACGUUUUAAAGAGUUGCUCCUUUUAUAUUAAAAUGUUUCAUUUCCAGAGAACAUUGUUUUAGGAAAUGCGUAAGACUAUGCAAUAAUUUUUAAUCUAUAAUAUUAAUGGAUUAUUAAAAGCUGUUACACCUUCUGUGAUCUUUAACUUUCUGCACUGAAUAACCAAAUAAUUGAAACAGGGUGGCUUCAGACCUUUCACGGAAGACCUUACAAGCAGAUCGCGCUUGGUUUCCAUUUAACCCCAUGAGUAUUUUAAAGAACCUUGUGAAAUAAUGGUGGUGGGAAAGAUACCGAAGAACUUCUCAUGUUGUAGUAAAGGGGGUUGAAAGGCCUCACAUCUCUGCUAGCAUCUUAACAACUUGAGUUUGUUCUUUAUCCCAGGUUUUACAUUUUCAGUUUUUGUGUUAACAUCAUGCAUUUGGAGUUAGGGGUUUUGAAUUCAGCUGUAACUGUAAAAGUCUUCCGAGCUAUGAGCAGACCUCUCCAGUGACUUUCAUAUGACCAGUAUGUUAUUGCAAGGAAGAAAAUACCACUAACCUAAACUUUACUUUUUGCCAACAUUAAACUCUUGUCUUUGUGACUAUA